GCGGUCGCAGCCGCGGCCGCUGCGGGCUUCGGCAGGCCACCGGUCGUAUCGCCGUGGACGUCGCCCGUGGUCGCCUCGCACUUCCCCUACUUCGCUGCCGCGGUCGCGGCCGCCGCCACUAGUCAGCAGCAACUGUCGCCGAAGAGCACCACCGGCGUGGUGGACCAUCAUCAGCUGUGGAACGGCAAGAUCAAGCCGCCGUCCGCGUUGGAGAACAAGUAUCAGCCCAGCGAGGCGACCAAAGCGCUCGAGAAGAUGAGCGAGCUGAGCAAACUGGGCGGCGAGGAUCUGUUCAGAUCGUCGUCCGGCACCGGUGCCGGUGGAGCGGUCGGGGCCGGCGGCGUGGGCGGCGGCGUCGGAUCCGGCGGCGGUGCCGGCGCGGCCGGUCCUGGAGGCGGUAUCGGGGCCGGAAACUCGUCCGGCUCGACGUCCGGAAGCCGCCACAGCGCCUGGCAGUCCCACUGGCUGAACAAGGGGGCGGACCAGGCGAAAGACGUGCUCAAGUGCGUCUGGUGCAAGCAGAGCUUCCCCACGCUGGCCGCGAUGACCACCCAUAUGAAGGAGGCGAAACACUGCGGCGUGAACAUGCCCGUGCCGCCGACCGGUUCCGCGCUUCACCCGCAGCAGAGCAACGUGCCCAACAUCCCGACGCCUCAGCCGCCUCACCAGCCGCAGACCACGUCGUCGAGCAACGCGGGCGCGGGCCCCGGUGGCGGUGGGUCCGCGACUCCCAGCAGCAAGCAGAGCCCGUCGGAAUUGAACCUGUUGAUCAAGGAGACGAUGCCGUUGCCGAGGAAACUGGUUCGCGGGCAGGACGUCUGGCUCGGCAAGGGAGCCGAGCAGACUAGACAAAUUCUCAAGUGCAUGUGGUGCGGCCAGAGCUUCCGCUCCCUCGCCGAGAUGACCUCGCACAUGCAGCAGACGCAGCACUACACGAACAUCAUCUCUCAGGAGCAGAUCAUCUCGUGGAAGUCCUCGGACGAGAACAAGGGGAGCAGCGGGGGCAGCGGUGGCAGCGGGAGCGGAUCCGCGAGCGGAGCCGGUGGCGGCGGUGGCGGCGGCGGAGCUGGCGGCGGUGGCACCGCGGUGCCCGGCGGGAACGCCGGCGCCACCGGACCGCACGCCGGGAACACAGGCCCUCCGGGUUCCGGUGCCACCAGCAGCCACGUGAGCGCGGUGCUCACCUGCAAAGUUUGCGAUCAAGCGUUCAGCUCGUUGAAGGAGCUGAGCAAUCACAUGGUGAAGAACUCCCAUUACAAGGAACACAUUAUGCGCUCGAUCACCGAGAGCGGCGGCCGACGCCGGCAAACGAGGGAGAAGCGGAAGAAGUCGUUGCCCGUGCGGAAGCUGUUGGAGCUGGAGCGGGCGCAGAACGAGUUCAAGAACGGCGACGCCGCCGCGGCGCUCAGCCACGGUCUCGGGAAACACGCGGGUAGAAUAACCUGCGAGAAGUGCGGGGACAAGAUCGACACGUCCAUCUUCGUCGAUCACAUUCGGCAGUGCAUCGGCGCCGGGACGGUGAGCGCGAAUCAGCGAAACUUCUUGAAGAACGCGUUGAUGUCGAACCAUUUACCGGCGACGCUCCCGCCGAGCGAGAGCGGACGGAAGAGCGCGAACGAGGACAGCUCGCCGGUGUCCACGAGGCAUCACCGGUCUCCCUCGUCGGCCAGCGACGCGACCACCCCCGGCAAAGACACGCCGACGCCGACCGGCAACGAGACCACCGGCGCUUCCUCUUCCCCCUCGGUCUUGAACGCCAUCGAGAAGCUGAUCGAGAAGAGCUUCGACUCCCGCGCGAGGCACGGCGCGCCCGGACUGCAUCACGCCCAACCCGGAGCUCCGAUGGGCACCAGCAUUCUCAAGCGACUCGGCAUCGACGAGAGCGUCGACUACACGAAACCGCUGGUCGACCCGCAAACCAUGAAUCUGCUGCGAUCGUAUCAGCAACAGCAACAGCAGCAGCAGCAGCAGCAGCAGCAGCAACAACAACAACAGCAACACUAUUCCACGAGUAUGGCGGCGCGAAGGGAACGCAGCGGAAGCGAGUCCAGCUCCGUGUCGGAGCGCGGCAGCGGCGGAAGGACCGACACGAUGACUCCCGAGAGGCGGCUAGACUUGUCUUCCGUCGGACACUCGGAAAGGCAUUCCCAUCAUCGCCGCGUCACGCCCGACAAGCAAUUGGUCCCGCAAAGUUUAGCCUCGGUGCGCCACCAUCCAGCCACGGAGGAGUCCGGGGACGAGGAGUCGUCGGCAGCCGCGGCGGCGGUGUCGGCAGCGGCCGGGUCAGGAUCGGGCUCGGGGACGAGCGGUUCGACGACGACAACGACGCCGUCCGCCGCGACGACCACCGCGUCCACGGUGGUCGUGAAGAAAGAACCGAAAGACGAGGAGACCGAGGAUCGGCCGACCGGCGAGGAGGAGCAGUCGCAGGCACAGAGCAGUCGAGAGGUGUACGUGAAGAAGGAGAUCGUUGAUGACUGCAGGGACGAAGAGGAGCAAGGCUCGUUCAAUCAU